AUGGUGGUUAGCGUGGCCGCGACGGGGCCCGGCACGGGCGCCGAGCCGGUGAGCUCCACCUCCUUCGCGUCCCGCUACGUCCGCGACCCACUCCCACGGUACCGGAUGCCGGAGCGGUCGAUCCCGCGGGAGGCGGCGUACCAGAUCAUCAGCGACGAGCUGAUGCUGGACGGCAACCCGCGGCUGAACCUGGCGUCCUUCGUCACCACGUGGAUGGAGCCCGAGUGCGACAAGCUCUUCAUGGACUCCGUCAACAAGAACUACGUCGACAUGGACGAGUACCCCGUCACCACCGAGCUCCAGAACCGCUGUGUAAAUAUGAUAGCUCACUUGUUCAAUGCAUCGAUUAAGGAGGAUGAGACUGCUGUUGGAGUCGGAACAGUGGGAUCCUCAGAAGCGAUCAUGCUUGCAGGUCUAGCAUUCAAGAGGAAAUGGCAAAACAAGAGGAAGGAACAGGGGAAACCAUGUGACAAACCCAACAUUGUCACUGGUGCUAAUGUUCAGGUUUGCUGGGAGAAGUUUGCAAGGUAUUUUGAAGUAGAACUAAAGGAAGUUAAGUUAUCAGAAGGAUAUUAUGUCAUGGACCCUGUCAAGGCUGUUGAGAUGGUGGAUGAGAACACUAUUUGUGUUGCGGCAAUCUUGGGAUCAACUCUCACUGGAGAGUUUGAAGACGUCAAACUAUUGAACGACCUUCUUACAAAAAAGAACAAGGAAACUGGGUGGGAUGUGCCUAUUCAUGUUGAUGCUGCGAGUGGAGGAUUCAUAGCACCUUUCCUCUACCCUGAACUUGAAUGGGACUUCAGGCUACCUUUAGUGAAGAGCAUCAAUGUCAGUGGGCACAAGUAUGGCCUUGUCUAUGCUGGUGUUGGUUGGGUCAUUUGGCGGUGCAAGGAGGAUUUGCCUGAAGAGCUCAUUUUCCAUAUAAACUACCUAGGGACUGACCAGCCUACAUUCACGCUCAACUUCUCCAAAGGUUCCAGUCAGAUCAUUGCGCAAUACUAUCAGCUCAUUCGCCUAGGCUUCGAGGGGUAUAAAAACAUCAUGGAGAACUGCCAGGAGAACGCCGCGAUACUGCGAGAAGGCAUCGCAGCGACCGGGCGGUUCGACAUCCUGUCCAAGGACACCGGCGUGCCGCUGGUGGCCUUCUCGCUCAAGGACAGCAGCCGGUUCAGCGUGUUUGACAUCUCCGAGAACCUGCGGCGGUUCAGCUGGAUCGUGCCGGCGUACACGAUGCCGGCGGACGCGGAGCACGUGGCGGUGCUCCGCGUCGUCAUCAGGGAGGACUUCAGCCGGAGCCUCUCCGAGCGGCUCGUCUCGGACAUCCGGAAGAUCCUGCACGAGCUGGACGCGCGCGCCACCCACACCGUGACCUGGGUCUCCACCGCCACCGCCGCCGCCGCGCAGUCGGACGACGACGGCGUCGUGGCCAAGAAGAGCGCGCUGGAGAUCGAGGGGGAGGUCGCCGCGCGGUGGAGGAACGCUGUGAACAAGAAGAAGGGGGUCUGUUGA